AUGGCACCCGCAUUGGUACAGGAUGAAGCGCCACUCUUCCAGAAGGUCAAGACCCAGCAAGAGGCUCCUAUCAACGGGCACACCAAACCACAUGAAGAAUACCAAUACCUGAACCUCAUCCGCGACAUCCUUCGCGAAGGCGAGCACCGACCGGAUCGGACAGGCACUGGAACGCUUUCGAUUCCAUUCCCACCUCAGCACAAGUAUACACUCUCCAAACCAGACGGAACGCUGAUCCUGCCACUCCUGACGACCAAACGCGUGUUCCUGCGUGCAGUUCUCGCCGAGCUCCUGUGGUUCGUCGCGGGCGACACCAACGCAAAGACCCUUCAAGACCAGAAUGUGCGGAUCUGGGAUGGUAACGGGUCACGGGAAUACCUUGACUCUGUUGGUCUGUCGCAUCGCGAGGAAGGCGACCUUGGACCCGUAUAUGGAUUUCAAUGGCGCCACUUCGGAGCUGAGUACAAAGAUUGCCACACAGACUACUCGGGUCAGGGAGUGGAUCAAUUGGCGGAAGUUAUCCAUAAGCUCAAGAAUAGUCCUUACGACAGGAGAAUCAUCCUGAGCGCGUGGAAUCCUGCCGACAUGAAAAAGAUGGCUCUCCCGCCUUGCCACAUGUUCGCCCAAUUCUAUGUUUCCUAUCCAGCUACCGCGUCCCAACGGAUGGAUGGGUCAAAGAAGGGCACGCUGCACACGCUUUUGUACCAAAGAUCAAACGAUAUGGGCCUCGGCGUACCUUUCAACAUUGCUUCGUACGCGCUCCUGACUCACAUGAUUGCGAGAGCCGCAGAUCUCGUACCUGGAAGUUUGACCCACACAAUGGGCGACGCACACGUCUAUCUGGACCAUCGAGAGGCUCUGGAGGUCCAAUUACAGCGCGAGCCGAGAGACUUCCCAACACUCGAGAUUGAUCGGGAUGUUGGUUGUAGCAUCGACGGUUGGAGGGCAGAAAAUUUCAAGGUCAUCGGAUACGAGCCCCACAAGACCAUCGCGAUGAAGAUGAGCGUUUGA